UACUCUUUAACGGCGUUACUAGCGUCCUCCUUGCCGAAAAGUUUUCAACUUCUAAGUUCCCAGUUUUGUCCGAAUCCGACGCCCAGCGGCGACUUUUAGGUUCGCGCUAGCACUUAGCAUCACUCCUCGCCGCUUCUGGCUCCAUCCUCAAAUCCAAGCGCAGAAAACAUUUUCUAUUAGUCGGCGCAGGCCGUUUUAAUAGCAGUUCUUUUAAAUUGAGGAGAACGGCCUAACUCUUCAUCCUGUCAAUUCCUUCCGAUCUCCUCUUUCUUUAAAGGUGUUUAGGGAUCAUAUUCGAGCCCUACAGCAGUGGAAGAGGUCGGAGGAUAGUUAUCAGCUCAUGGGCUCAAGGGUUCUUCCGUUAAGUGUUCCUACAGAUGCCCCUAAUGAAGUUAAUGAGAGUUUGUUGCAAAUAGAUUUAAGUGAUCCAAGCUUAGAAGGAGAAAAAAAUAAUUUGUUAAGCUCUGAACAGAAUGGAGUUUUGGGCCGAGUUUCAAGUGGAUUAGGAGGUGGAAAAAGAGAAAUGGUUAGCAGAUCGUUUCAUGGAUCAAGACCCUGUUGUGGUGAUGAUUCUGAUUUGGAAGAUGGUGUUUUGACCAAAAAAAGAGAGAAGAUUAUGCACUGUUGCAGGCCUGUAAACAUUUCCAAUCAAGCUCUUCUGUCUGGCUUUGCAUAUUGCCUGUCAUCAUGCAGCAUGAUACUCAUUAACAAAUUUGUGCUGUCAGGGUUCGAUUUUAAUGCUGGGAUAUCUUUGAUGCUUUACCAGAACUUUGUAUCAGUGGUCAUAGUUUCUUUUUUGAGCAAAAUUGGCAUGAUCUCAACAGAACCCCUAACAUGGAGACUAAUUCGGAUCUGGUUUCCUGUGAAUGUUAUAUUUGUUGGAAUGCUUAGUACAAGCAUUUUUAGUUUGAAGUUCAUCAACGUUGCCAUGGUAACCGUUCUUAAGAAUGUUGCCAAUGUCAUGACAGCUAUUGGCGAAACAUACCUUUUCAAAAAGCACCAUGGAAUCAAAGUCUGGACUGCACUAGUCUUAAUGAUAAUCUCAGCUAUUUCUGGAGGAGCAACAGAUUUAUCUUUUCAUGCAGUUGGCUACUCGUGGCAAAUUUUGAAUUGUUUUUUGACUGCAUCAUACUCGUUGACACUGCGCAGAGUAAUGGAUGUUGCUAAACAUGCCACAAAAUCUGGGAACUUGAAUGAGUUUUCGAUGGUUUUGCUCAAUAAUGUCUUGUCCUUACCUUUGGGGAUCCUGCUUACAGUUUCAUUCAACGAAGUAGACUAUUUGUCUAAAACGCCGCUGUUGAAGAUGCCAAUAUUCUGGUUAGUGAUUACUUUAAGUGGACUUCUAGGCCUUGCUAUUAGCUUCACUUCAAUGUGGUUUCUUCACCAGACAAGCGCAACUACAUACAGCCUUGUGGGAUCACUGAACAAGAUUCCUCUCUCAGUUGCUGGAAUACUUAUUUUCAAAGUACCAACUAGCUUGGAAAAUCUCUUGAGCAUUCUUUUUGGUCUUUUGGCUGGUGUAUUUUUUGCUAAAGCUAAAAUGAAAGGAUAGGAGACUCCAGGUGAUAGAAUCAUGACUUAUUUUUCCUGCUACAGAGAGUUUCAUACGGUUAGUUGAUAACACCAGCAAGCUUUAAAGGCAAACGCAAGGGCCAUUUAUUUUCCAAUUAAUAGUGUGGUCCAUGUACACUUAUAUUCAUAGAGCUUGGUAAUGCAGAUGCUAACACUAUCAAACUCUAUUUGUAUGAUUCUAUGAUUGGAUUAUGAUUGUAUCAAUAGUGGAAGUUUCUAAUUAGAUAAUUGAGAUACUAGUAAAUGCCAUAGAACCCUCUCUCAUUCAGCUUUAGCAUAUUUGAAAAAUAGCUUGUAAAAAAAUAAUUCAAUUAACUUCUAAGGCAACUCUCUAAUCUUUAGCUUUCA